AUGAUCCGCAGGGCUCUACGACUGAAAACCUCUGUCGAGCUCCUACUGAUCAGGUAUAAGGCCCAGUGGGAGGACGAGAAUCGGUCUAAAAGGACUGGCCAAGUAACACAAGCCAAGUUGGCGAAAAAGCCACGUAUUCUUCGAGACGAGAAUCAACUAGCAGACAAAGACUGGGAGGUUCUUUACCAUUUGGAGGCAGUUCUGACUGUUUUUGAGACUGUGGUAAAGACACUUGAGGGGGAUGGACACAUCCGUAAGCGUAAGCAGGGCUGGACCGGCUCCUACGGUAAUAUUUGGGACGUGAUACUUGGCUCCGAGUUGCUGCUUAGCACGCUGGAAGAAUACAAGCAGCUUGCUGCUGGUUUUUCUGAUGCUGAGUACUUCCGUAUCGGAAUCAACCUUACUUGGGAUAAGCUGGACGAGUAUUAUCGGCGGCUGGACGAGACGCCGAUUUACUGUACCGCAAUGGCGCUGCAUCCAGCUUAUCGUUGGGACUGGUUUGAUGAAACGUGGUCUCAGAAGCCUAGUUGGGUUGAAAAGGCAAAAGAGAUGGUUGCUGACGUCUGGCUGUCCGAUUACGCCCAUCUUGACGCUAGGACAACCAGCAGCAGAGGUGACGACGAGCCACCAGCAAAACGGCCCCGAUUCUUCAACCCCUUCGAGAAGAACAGCCGUCUGCCAAGCUCAAUACCAACCAAUGCACCAGCUAUAAUUGGCGACGAGUACCAGGCGUGGCAGACGGAUCGUGAGGCCGGCGACGGCAACGUUCGUGAUCCAAUUCGUUACUGGGUCACUAAGCAAAGCAGAUAUCCUAGGUUGUCGAGGAUGGCCUUGGACUUCCUGACGAUCCAGCCAAUGUCAGCCGAGUGUGAGAGGCUGUUUUCAGCCGCUGGCAAGAUGGUCUCGAGCUUGCGUACAGACUUAGAUGCUGAGAUUAUCGGCAUUUGCCAGGUUUUACGCUCUUGGUACCGUGCUGGCCUAAUCAAGGACCUAGACCCGAUGCUUAACUCACAUGUUGAGAGUAAGCUGGAUGCUACUUAUGGGGCUCUAAGCGAUGACGAGCUGGCAUUGACAGAGUCAAAAUGGCUAUUCGAUGGCGAGGACAGCGCCAGCGAGGUUGACGACUUAUCACAGCUGCAACAGGCGGAAGAGUUGGUGGUAUUAAUUUUGGAAAGCGAGGCUGAACAGGCGCCGAGGAGGUUGUGA